AUGGAGACCCCAUUAUCAUCCCAUUCCGUCGGUCCUCCCCCACCACCACCACCGCUACCCCCGCCACCACCCACACUGUCCAUGGAUGCUUUCUCCAGGUGCGUCCAGAGGCGAGCGCUGAUGCGAAAGUUCAACUGGGACACCAUCCCGUGUGAGAGGGUCCUGGGGCGGAGGAACCUGUGGACCAUACAGGCCUCGCUGGACAACUUUGAGCUGGACACCGAGAGGAUCAAAGAGCUCUUUGGCAACAAGGACAGCGGGCGGCCGAGGACGGGCACCACAGUAACCCAGGACAAGACGUGUGACUCAAGCUCAUCUAAACAUGGUGCCCAGAAGGUGUCACUACUGAGCUCAAAGAAGAGUAUGAAUAUUGCAAUCUUGCUGAAACAGUUCAAAAGGCCAAUCCACAGGCUAGUUCGCGAUAUCAGGGAGGGCCAUGCCACCAACUUCAAAAGUGGAACACUCAAAGAGCUGUGCAAACUGCUCCCAGACUCUGGAGAGGCAAAGAAGCUGGUGGCAUUUGAUGGGACCAUUAGCCAGUUGACAGAGGCUGAUCAGUUUAUGGUGAGGCUGUUAAAACAACCAGGCUAUGAGACAAGGCUCCAAUGUUUAAUACUGAAAGAGGAGUUUUUUCCUAUCAUGGAUGACCUGAGAAGGUUGAUAGCGGUCAUGACAGCUGCAGCUAAAGAGUUAUUGGAGUUGGACGACCUCCAAUCCAUAAUUCGUUUAGUACUUAAAGUUGGGAACUAUAUGAAUGAGGGUUGCAAUACAGGCAGUGCCAGUGGCUUCAAAAUGGCCUCCCUACUUCGACUGGUGGACACCAAGGCAAAUAAGCCAGGGAUGAACCUCAUGCACUAUGUGGCCAUGCAAGCCCAAGACAUGGAUCCAUCCCUACUCAAUUUUCCAAGACGCCUCAAGCACAUCAAAGCAGCUGCAAGCAUCAUUACUCAUGAAGUCCACAGCGAUUUUCAAAGGGAGGUUAUCAGGGUUUCCAGUAUUACAGAAGAUUCUUCUAAAUAUGAGGACCUCAACAGCCAAAUGGAGAAUUUUCUAAAGAGGGCUGACCUGACAAUAGCUGGUGUGAGACUCUCAUGGAGAGAGUUCCAGGAGACCAAAGAUUCCCUGGCGGAAUACCUGUGUGAAGACCCCUUGUCUUUUAAACUGGAGGAGUGCUGUUCCAUCUUCAAGUCCUUCGGGGAGAAAUUCGACCAAGCUGUUUUAGAGAACCAGAAGCGCAGGGAGGGGGACAGGAAUCGUGAAUAUCAGGAGAGGCUGCGUGUGGGCUCCUUCGGCAGCCUGCCCAGCUCCCCCUCCUUCUCCAGAUGCCACACGGUCUCUCACACCACAGACAGCGACAUGGAGAUAGCACUCGCCAGCCUGCUCAACGAGGACCGAUUCGGACGUCGGAGAAGAAGUCAAUCAAUGUCAAACAGCAGCAGAGUGGCAGCAUCUCUCAGGUAGCUUGGUAUGAGCUGAUGGACAUAGCGGACAAUCAGGGUCGCUGACAGCUUUCACUGGACCCAGGACAAAACCAUCUGAAAGGGCCCCACUCUCACUGCAUACAAUGUAAUGGGGUCCAAUUCUGCCCCCCCCCCUCUUUUCCUGGGCCCGGGACAAUUGACCCUGUUGGUGGUAUGGGAAUACAAGUGGUUUGAGAUGGAGACCUCUCAUUGUUUGUUCUCCAUCAGUGGUGGAACAAGCUAUAUUGUACCAGCUGCUGUAAGACUAUGGUCAUCACUCUCAACCUUCAAGAAACUUGUUAAGACUUGUAAAGACUUCUGAAACAAUUUCCCUUCAUAGCAUGUUAACCCUACUCAGCAGCUCUAACCUUGUUAUGUUUCUGUGUUCUGUAUUUUGUUAAACAUUGUUUGUUGUUUAUUAUGUCAGUUGUGAAUGUCUUUGGAUAAAAGCAUCUGCAAAAUGUCAUGUAAUGUGAUGUGCAGUAAAAGGACUCAUGUUCUCUAUGGAAAGAAAGAUGAAAUGUUUCACAACCUAGCAUCUUUUCUGUAUCAUGUGAUAAUAACGGAUGAAGUAUGCAUAAAGGGAUAUUUUGUGAUAAAUGCAUUUGGAGCUGCCACACAUUAUAUGUUGGGAAUAUGCACUCAUAAGUACAAGGGAUUUACAUAGGGAACAGUGCCUCAUACUUAAAUAUGUAGGCUAAUGCAAUAUUGUCAUUACAUAUAUACUGGACAUAAUACAAACAUCAGUCUUAUCAUGACCAAAAGUUAUUAGAAAAUCACUUGGCGAUCAAAAAUCUGAUGUACAAACAAUUCAGAAACACAGUAAACAACCAAGAAGCAUAGA